AUGAAGGUAGCAGCAGCAUUAAGGUUGAAAAACGACUACGCCUUACAAUUGACGGCAUUAAAGCAGCGAAUAAUGUCAAAUCUUGUGGUUGAAGAAGGAAGUGAGCCUUUUGAAAGCCCCAAAAAGUUGAUUAUUCUUUACCAUCAAGUUUCACAGAAUUACCAAGAUUUGGUUACCAGAAUAAAUUUACAUAAUUCUUCCACUAAGGUGGAAUAUCCGUCAUACCAUGAUAAUUUCAAAUCUGGCCAUUUGAUGGGAGAUUUAUUUUCCAAUGAGUUAUCCCCAGACUUCACAUACACUGAGAAGUACAUAGUACAAGCCUUGGUGGAACGUGAAUCUUUGAAGGAAGAAAUUCGAACUUUCAAAGCCAUUUUAGAUGGUUCCAAAGUGACGAGAUACUCUACGCGAGAUAUUUUAAAGGUACCCGUGGUAGAUGUUCAACAACUCCAAAAGAAAAUUGAUACCAUGGCGAAGUUUUUAAGAGUUUUAGAUUCCAGGAUUCAAGAGCAUAAUUGGUUACAAGAUUUAAAAGAAAUAUAG